UAUUUCAUCUCUCACCGUGUUUUCUGUUUCUGUUGUAGGUGCAGGUAGCUGUCUGGAGACUCUAGAAAAAGGAAAACCACUAAUAGUAGUAAUAAACGACAAGCUGAUGAACAACCAUCAGCUUGAACUGGCCAGACAGCUCCACAGAGAUGGAUAUGUCCUCUGCUGUAACUGCAGCACUCUUGUGGAGACGCUGCAGUUGAUGGACUUGUCAACUUUGAAACCUUUUCCGCCUGGACAGCCAGAAAAGUUUGCUUUGUUCUUGGAUAAAGUUGUUGGGUUUGCGGCGGCGGCGGCGGAGCCGCCGCGCGCCGCAGUCGCGUCCGCCUCAGCCGGGAAGAUGCAGAAGGGCUGGAAAAAGUACUUCGGGCAGAAGUCCUUCAGCGAGGUGGCCAUGGACGAGUACCUGGGAAGUCUGGGACUCUACCGCAAGAUGACGGCCAAGGACGCCUCUUGCCUCUUCAGAGCCGUCUCGGAGCAACUGUUUUCGUCUCAAAUUCAUCAUCUGGAAGUUAGGAAAGCUUGCGUCUCCUUUAUGAGGCAGCACCAGUCCAAGUUUGAAUCUUAUGUGGAAGGCUCAUUUGAGAAAUACCUAGAACGACUAAGAGAUCCAAAGGAAAGUGCUGGCCAGCUGGAAAUAAGUGCUUUAUCAAUGAUGUACAAGCGAGACUUCAUUCUGUAUCGGUACCCUGGAAAGCCACCCACAUAUGCCACAGACAAUGACUUUGAAGACAAGAUUUUACUGUGUUGUUCCAGCAACGGCCAUUAUGACUCUGUGUAUACAAAACAAUUUCAGGAGAAUGCUGCUGUUUGCCAGGCUCUAUUAUAUGAGGUCCUAUACAAAGGUGUGUUUGGCAUGGAUGAGGAAGAAUUAAGGUCUGCAGUUGAGGUGUUUCGAAGUGGAUCCAAGAAGAACAGAAACAGUGGUCGUGUAGGAAGUGAGGAUGCAAACUUCGGUUGUCUUCAUGAAAAAGUACCCAGAAAUCCAUCAGAAAAGAGGGUGGAUGGCUGGGAAGGCAAUGAUGCUGACAAUCCAGAGGAAGCUAAGUUCAAACAAGGCAUUGAAGAAGAAAAGCCUUCAGAAAAUCCUCCAAAGAUGCCUGUUCCUUAUAAAGUGCUGAAGGCACUGGACUCUGCAAUCUAUCGAAACGUGGAGUUUGAUGUUUGGCUGGACAGCAGAAAAGAGCUUCAAAAAACUGACUACAUGGUGUUUGCUGGGAGACAGUACUAUUUAGGAGACAAGUGUCAGGUGCGUCUGGAGCCGGGAGAGAGGUAUUACAAUGCUCAUAUCCAGGAAGUUGGACAGGAGGGCAACACACUGACUGUAUUUGUUGAGGAGCUGGCAGAAAAACAUACAGUUCCUUUGGCAAACUUGAAGCCAGUGACUCAAGUGGCUCCUGUCCUUGCUUGGAACAUGGCUCACAACCGAAGGGGAGGAGCCUAUCAGAAAAUAACAGGUGGACACUUCUCAGGAAUAGAAAUGGGUAUGAAAACACGAAAGAGAAUGCUUAAGAAAGUUCGUGGCAAGGAAGUCUUUAUGACUGUGGCUUAUAGCAGGGGUCAGCCCCUCCUUCCACCCCGCCUGCAGCACAGUGUUCCUUCGGGGCGCUCUCCUCCAGUUCACUGCUCCCAGGGUGGUGCAAACAUGGCACCUUACAAACCCUAUCAUCAGCAGAACCCUCAGAGACAUCACCGUGGAUUUGGGAUGCUGAGGGGAUCUGCCCAAUUUAUAAACAGGCACAGCAUGGUUGGCCCUCAAAUAGCAUUCAACCCCAGUCCAGGGAAGAGAUGUUAUCAGAGCUAUGACAAUUCCUCCUGCAGGUCCUGCUCGUACAGCCGGAGCCGCCGUCAGAUGCAGUGUGAGAACAAGGAGUGCCAGUAUGGGUUUAUGGCAGGGCAUGGAGAGGAGCCUCAAGGGCCAGAAGAAACUCUGACUUUCUAUGAGAUUGAAGGAGAGAAUGAUGCUGCUUUUCCUACCUUGCCAUUUGCUUUUCAGAGCCAGAGUAGUCCUGCUCCCACUGUCCAUAGUCCAUCAGGAUUUUGGGUAGCAAGGAGAAACCAGAACUCUGUUUCACCUAACAAGCAGACCCUGAAUUCCUCAGAGGAGGAGGAAGCAAUAAGUGAAAAUGCUUCCUGUUCUAUCUCCCUUGUAGGAAAAUUUCAUGAAGAAUAUAUCUAUGCACCUCCAGAUCCUGACUGUGAAAAUGCAACAGUAUUUAGUUCAGCAGAACCUACAGCAAACUUGGUGUUGGUGAACUCUGCAGGAGUUUCAGCCUCCACAGAUGUUUAUACUGCUCCAGCUACAGGCCUCUCUUCAAAUUCUGCUGCCUCCACUCCAACCAGUGUCACCACAGCAGCUCCCCCCCAGACAGCAGUUCAACCUGUCAUAGUAUCUCCCUUUUCUGUGGGGAGGCCAGGUAGAGUGUACGGACUGCAGCCCUGGACUUGGAUUUCUAAGUUUUCAAGAAUUUUGUUAGAGCCUGUGUUUAGGGGCACUGUGGUGAUAAAGUGCAUGCUUAAUUGUGUAACUGAGCACCUUGUUCAUUUGACAUACCAUGGCAAAGUUGACUUUUUGCGUGACAUUUGUUUCCUUCCAAUUGUAGCAGUUUCUUCGGUGCCAUUCCCAACUUACUCAGCUCCUCUUCCUCCAGUGAGUGAGGUGGGAGAAGCUGGUGCUGUUCUUCCAGCUUACUCUUGUGAUCCCAGUGGCAGUGAUCUGCCUCGAGAUACAAAGGUCUUGCGGUAUUACUUUAAUCUGGGAUUGCAAUAUUGCCAUCAGAGCUAUUGGCCUUCCAUGGUGUAUGUACAGCCAGUGCUGCCUCCAUCUUCAGUAGAAGUUUAUCCAGCAUAUGCUGAGCCAGCUCCUGCCUUGGAUCAGUCAGUACCUCAGAUCUUCCCUGAUGCUCGGCAGACUGAAGUCCAGGUUCCCUUGGAAGCACCAGCAAAUGGUAACUUUCCAAAUGCAGAGCCUCCACCCCUGUCCUAUGGAGCAGUGUAUUACCCAGUUGUGUCAGACCCCUUCAGCCAGCAGUCUCUGCCUGGGUUUGACACUGUGGUACCUGCCUACCACUAUGUUAGUGCCUGGCACCCAGUAAAUCCUGCACAUGGAAGUUCUCCACAAAUGGCCAACGCUGUGAGUUCAGGACCACCACACCAAAUCAGCUAUAUUGCCUCACCUAACCCUGUACCUCAUGACAUGCCUCAAGGAAUGUAAAUCUGGGAGCUGGAAACUCAUUCUUGGUUUCUCGUUUCUUGUUUGUCAGCUAUUGUUAAUAUAUUUUUGUAAAUGUUAUCCUGCCUUAGGGGGCUGAGUCAGUUGAUCAAGCUGCAUUCAUAUUUCAUGUUUCUCUUUAGGUUUAUGCUCCUAGUUGACAAGAUGUUGUUUUAGUUGAUUAGGGAAGCAUAGGAAAAAGGUACACACAAUCUAUAAUGCAGGGAACACAACCUGAAUGUGGCUGCAUAAAGUAUGUGGAAAAGUAUGUCACUAAAGGCCUGUGUCUCUGAGAGGUUGCACUGAACACUUGAACACCUGGUUCUUGUUGAAACACUGAAAUAGGCUGCCACUACAACUAUAGAUAAAAAUUUGGCAUAGAGUCAUUAGAGGGUGAAAAUGUUUAAAAUAAGUUGGCUUUCUCAGAUUUUGCAAAACAAAGCUGCUUUGCUGCUAGUGGUCACAUAUUUAUCAUAGCUGUAUUUCUUCUGUCUACCUUCAUAGUGCAUAGAUUUCAUGACUGGAAAUACAAGAAUAACGUUUUGAUCUGUUGUAUAUUUGUAAGAUUUGUUUUGUGAAAGCUGUUGCACAUAUGGUGAUAGUCUUUGGUGGUUAAUUUGCACUGACAGCAC